GGCGGCAUCAUAAACGUGAAAUGGGCAGCAGAUGCCGCCGUUUACCCAGGUUCCCUCUGCAACUGGCAGGGCAUUCUGAAGAACGUUGGAGAUGUUGGCGUGGCCAUGUUCAUACUCGCAAUCACCAUCCACACCGCAGCUGUCCUGCUGUGGAGAUGGAAAGUCCCCCGAAGGUCUACCGUUCCUCUUGUUGUUAUGUUAGCCAUUUGGCUUUUCAUCGCUCUGGAAAACGGCAUCUCUUGGGCCCUAUACCACCGCCGAGAAUAUAUUACUGACACUGGGAUGUGGUGUUGGAUUGGCCCCAAGUACACAAGACAGCGCAUUCUAUUCGAGUAUGCCUGGAUGUGGAUUACGACAUUCUUCACCUUGUUGGUAUACGUCCCUCUCUACUUUUCAUUGCGCGGCAAUCUCUAUGUCAGUGGUUUGCGUGUGAUAUGGACCAAUUGUCGAUCCUCAGCAGAUCCAUGGCAAACCAAUGGCAGGAGGGCGGGACCGAUGCUUUGGUACCCUUUGGCGUACACGAUAACUGUCCUCCCAAUUGCCAUAUGCCGUUGGCGUGCGUUCAAUGGGCAUGAUGUCCCCUGGGCCGCCACCGUUGUUUCAGACGUUCUGUUUUGCUCAAGUGGACUCGUAAACUCUUUGCUGUAUCCGUUGACAAGGCCGUCGCUCCUA